GAAGUCCUCGGGAAAGUUAUAGUCUUUCCAGUCUUUGUGUGAGUCUAUGAAGUGAGAGAGGAGGUGAGAGGAGACAACUGAGAGAACCAUUCUUUGGUUCCUCCUCCUCCAGUCCCUCCCUUCCUUUAAUAGACCACGAGAAAGCGUGAUUUCCACGCCGACGGCCGCGAGGUCUACUCUCACUGCCCAGCUAGGCAGGUAUAAAUUGGUUAGUCCGUCGCGUGGUACGCACAAACUAAGCUACCAAGAUGCAAUCUCUUCAGCAGAAAGCUUCGGAAUGGAGCGGAGUCGAUCCCAACGACGCGUUUGCGAUCGACAAUACUAAUUUAUUCGAGAAACUUGGUCUUCAGACCUUCAUUGAUCUCUCCACCAAUUUUUAUAACAGGGUUUUCGAUGAUGAGGAGGAAGAAUGGUUUCGUUUGAUUUUCGCUAACUCCAAUAAAGAAGAUGCAAUUCAGAAUCAGUAUGAGUUCUUUGUACAGAGAAUGGGAGGUCCUCCUCUUUAUUCUCAGAGGAAAGGUCAUCCUGCCCUGAUUGGACGCCACCGACCUUUCCCCGUCACACAUAAAGGGGCAGAGAGGUGGUUACACCACAUGCAACAAGCACUGGACAGCAUCCCAGAGAUUGAUGCAGAUUCAAAAAUAAAAAUGAUGAAUUUUUUCAGGCAUACUGCUUUUUUUCUUGUUGCUGGUGAUGAGUUGAAAAAACAAAACCAAGGAGCCCCCCCUUGUAAACAUGGGGCAAGCAAACCAGCUGCUUCAUAAAAUUUUAACUGUGGAAUCUUCUCAUUCCCAACAUACCUGGACAAGAUGAGUUACUGUAAUUUAUCCUACAUUUUAUAUAUUAAACUUGUAUGAUGGUGAUGUAAUUCUUAUCUUCCCUAAUAGGGGGUGACUGAUGCAAGAUGUGUCCCAUGGAUUGUAAGGGCUGCAUACAUUACUAACAAUACAUACCUGUUUAUGUAUUAGCUCAAA